CGAAUGAACAUCAUCUGCCACCGAGAGCGGCCGUACGCUUACGGCGCAUAAGUUUAACUAAUUUCAGUGCCUCAAACCACUUGAAACUAUAAAUAAAUUAAAUGUUAAUGUGUAAGUGCAGCACCGCUACAAUGCCCUGAAGUGCAGCAGUGAAGAAAGAUUUUCUAACCAGGUACAAAAAGAGUUGGACAGUCACACGAUAACCGCCGCAGUGAAAAAAAGUGAAAAUUAGAGUGUGUGUGGUGUCAGUUUAACGAGUGCGGGGAGCGUUGCAUGCGUGCGUAUGUGUGAGAGUGUGUGUAUGAUUCUUACGUUGCGCUACGUUACGUUGCAAGUGAAAUUUCAUGACAUUUGGCAGCGGCAAUUGAAAUUGUUUAUUUUACUCAAAGCAAUGCUACACAGAACAUAGCAACUGCCCGCAAAUGUUGUUCCCCAAAUAUGAUAAUGAAAGAUGCUCGAAUAUGAAAUAUAUGAGCUGAAAGAGGAACAAGUACGUCUUCCGCCAAUCAGCAGCAACAACACCACCACCAACAAUAAAAGCCCAAAAACACGUCAGAACACGUACAUUUUGUUGAAGUCCAACACUUUACUGAAAUCCAAAGCUUCCACAACAUCUGCAACGACUACUGAAUCCGGUGAGCCGUCGCUGCCAGCACCAACGUGUUCGGUCAUAUAUCCAGAGAUACAAGAGUACGUAGAUCAGGUCGCACAGCCCCAACAAACAAGCCACAAAGAUAUCGAGGCGGUGCCAAAGCGUAAACGUACUCGACGUGUUUAUGUGGCAGAGCUCUCGCGUUGUGCCAGUCUAAGAUCAAGGCAACCAGCAGCAGUUAACCUACCACCCAUACCGGAGAAAGCGUCAAGUCCAUCACCGACAGCACAGUCAUCGCCUACGCCCACAGAGGCUGCCGAGUAUCAUAAGUAUAUCAAGUUAGAACAUUUCAAACCCGAGUUUUGGAAUCGCAUUGAAGAGGAGCCAGAACCGAAAGUAACUGGAAGAAAGCGACGCGGAGGUGGCGGAGGUGUCAACGUCAGCGGUAGAAAUCGCAAGCGUCGUUCUAAGAUCGAGACCGAUUCUAAUUUCUCAGCGGAGACAGCAGCGGCCAUCGCUGCGGCUCAAAUCGAGCUUGAUUCGAAUAAACCGGCGUCGCGCGCUUUUCGCAAACGCAAACGCAGCUGCAACAUGUCGCUAUACGAUCGACGGUAUCAAACAACCACAGACGAACAGCGGCGCGUGGCCAAUGGCUAUGCGUCUGGCGGCCCUGGUCUGCGAGCUGGCAAUUCAUCCGUUACCGGAGACAACGAUUCAACCGAACUGCAGAGCCAUCAGUAUUAUGGCCCAGCCGGUGGCAGCAAUUCGAGCGGCGCCAGCUCCAUCCCCGGCAGUGGACUAAAUGGCAGUGGUGGUACAGCAUUGAAUCAUGUGCCCACUAUGGGAACGCUGUGCAACAUCGGCAACACUUGCUAUUUAAAUUCGGUGGUGUAUACGCUGCGUUUUGCCCCGCAUUUCCUGCACAAUUUGCAUCAUCUGAUUCAGGAUUUGAAUGUGGUGCAGCAGGCGAUACAGCGUCAACAGAAUGCCAAGUCCGCCUCGCUGGGCCGCAACGUGAGCGGCAGCGGUGGCGCUCAAUUGGAGCACGCACGCAGCUGGAGCAGCAAAGAUCUGGCCACAACAGACCCGUACAACAGCACCAGCAAUGGCAGCGGCAGCAACGCCGCCAGCAGCGGAAGCAAGAAGUCAACACAUCAGUCGGUCAGCGAGAAGUUGCACGAUCUGUACAGCAGUCUGCAUGGCAAUGAGAUGGCCGACUCCAGUGAGCCCUAUCAUGCGGACACCCUGUUGCAUGCCAUACAGGACGUCAAUGCCACAUUCGAGGGCAAUCAACAGCAGGAUGCGCACGAGUUUCUAAUGUGUGUGCUGAAUUGUAUACGCGAAACGAAUCAGUCGCUGAUAAAGGCCAUUGGCGAGUGUCCGGAAGUGAUUGCGAACGGCUACAUUGCCAAUCCUGAUGAUACGGAUACGGUCGAUUCCAUGGAGCGCUCUGAUGUGGGAAAUCAUGCGCUCAUGAGCGCUUCCGGCAAUGGCUCGAUAGCAACUAGUCAAAAUCAAAGUACCACAACAACAAAAACAUCAUUUUUUUCACGAAAAUCAAAGAGAAAAGAUGAAGUGAAAUCCUCAAAGGCGACACGAUUGCAGUCACCGCUCAAAGAUAAUAGUCCAACCACAGCUGGCGGUGGCAUAGGAACCACCCAUGUCGCCUCCAAUAGUCUCUUUUAUUUAAACACAGUCGAUCUCAGCGGUGCUCCAGCUGCUUCAGCUGCUGCUGCUGCUGGUGCUAAUACCACAGCAUCAGCUGCAUCGACCGCACCUGCAAAAUAUUCCAGUGAUGAUGAAAUCAAUACGGCUAGUCUGCUCAAGGAUAAAAUGCGUUUGGAGGAGCGCAUCCGCGAGCUGAAUAUCAACUUUUUCAACUCUGAUUUUGAAGGUAUUGUGGUGCUGACCACCAAAUGCCUGAGCUGUGAAACAAUUACGCGUCAGAAGCAAGGCAUGCUCGAUAUCUCAGUACCUGUGCCGAUUUCGGGCUAUGAUAAUGCCGAAUUGCAGGAAAAACCCAGCGCCUAUAUACAGAACUCUUGCAUAACGCGUGAAUAUUUUCGCGGCGAUAACAAAUACAGCUGCAAUCAGUGUACGGGCUACACUGAGGCCAUACGCUCCAUAUCGUAUGAAGUGCUGCCCCGUCUACUGGUCAUCCAACUGAAUCGGUUCUCGGGCGGCAUGGAGAAGGUCAGCACCUAUGUGCCCACAACAUUUACGCUGCCCUGCUUCUGUGCCAAGUGCUGUGAGCUGAGCGAUGCCAACAAGCUGCACGUUUACAAGUUGUACAGCGUCAUAACGCACGUUGGCGCCACGUUAACAGUGGGUCAUUAUAUAGCGUACACCUGCUUCUUGGACCUGGCCAGUGAUUACGUUAAUUGCCCCAAGGAUCGACGCAAUGCGACAAGCAGCGCACAACAACAGCAGUCAGCGGCACCAGCAGCUGGCAAUGAGAACGCGGCGCCAAGCAAUAAUGGGAUUAGCAGCAUUGCCAGCUUACCGGUGUCAGCGGCUGCCUCGGCUUUGGCCUCGUCGGGCACCAGUUUGAUGAAGAAAAUGAAAUUCGGCCGCAACAAAGCAUCCAGCAGCGGCGACAUGAGCAAAAAUGUGAAGCAAGUGAACGGAUUCACCAGCAAGACCAUCACCAAUGGCAUUGGCAAGCUCAGCAUGAACACCACCUGCCAAGGCAUCAACUGUUGCGCGAUGCGCCUGUGCUGCAGCCAACAGGCGAGCAUGGCGGGCAGCACUACCGCCAGCAACAGCGACUUCAGCGAGGAAUCCCUGCAGAAUGGCAGCAACAGCAAUCUCAGCUAUGGCAGCAGCACCAACAGCUGUGCGUCGUAUCCCACGGGCUAUGGCAGCACGGGGCGCGGCGGAGUCAAAGCCAACUAUACGCAGGGCAACAGCAGCGAGCCCAUUUGGUAUAUGUGCGACGAUGAUAAGAUCAAGGCGAUGACACAACGGGAAUUCGAGGAGCUGCUAUCGCCGACGCGCAAAAUUACAAUUACACCAUAUUUACUGUUCUAUGCACGCUUCGAUUUGCAGCCGGCGACGCCACAGAAGCCGAGCUCAUCAUCCACACCGCCACCACCGCAGCCCACGUCAGCAGUGUCGGCGUCGUCCGCAGCAGCAGCAGCAGCAGCAGCAGCAGCAGUAGCAGUGCCGGCGCAGCAGCUACCGCAGAGCUCCUGGUCAAAUGAUAAUCUGCAAAGUGGCUUGCACAAGAUUUGAAAAGUUUUUGCGACGCUGCGCAAGGUCAUCAAAUGUAAAACAGAUGUAAGACAAGCAGCUAAAUGAACAGCAGUAGCAGCGGCAGCAUUGAAUAAGCAACCAUAUAAAUAGAGCAGCUAUGUAGGAACUUACAUUCAAAAGUACAUUAUAUAUAUAAAUAUAUAGGAAACAUAUACAAAUACGUCUCUUAGUUUAGGUCACACGAGUGUGGGCAUAAGUUGAAGCAGAAGUCUGUUUGUUAAACAAUUGUACACGUUUAAGCUCUAUCGUUUAUCUACAUGCAUAAAAACAAUUAACAAGAAAGUAAACUACAUUUAAUAACUCUUAUAUACGAAACAGCAACAAAAUGUUUAAAACUAAAUACCCUUAUGACUGAAGCCAGUUACAAAAAAAAAAAGAUAAAAAAAAAAAUAAGAAUGAAAUGAAAAUGAUAUAUAUAUAUCUAUUAUAAUUACCACGCCCAGCCAAAGCCCUUGUUUCGGGCCUGGGCAACUCUGUAGGUUAGUUGUGGUCCAGUUAAAGCCGUUGGCUAACAAAUUCAAUUAGUUUGACACAUGGCAUUUACAAUGUACUUUUGCGUUCAGUUCAAAAACAUUUUUUACGUUAAUACAUGUCUAUAUACUAUAUAUAUAUAUAUAUACAUAUACGCUAUUUUGAGUUUAGCAUACAUUAAGUAUUGUUGCUUUUAUUUGCUAUGAAAACACUAAAUUUUAAUUUUGUCUUGGAAAUUCAUUUGUUCACAUAACAAUUAAAGCUGAAAUCAAAGCAAAAAUUGUAAACACGAAUUUAACACGUUACGAACGCUAUGCAAAAACUUGUUUCGCGCCUCAGUGAAAUACUAAUGAAAAAACACACGCAUCAAAUCUCGAUAAGCCGUUUGUAAAUUAACAUAAACAGAAGCUCAAUUCAAUAAGUAAUUUACAAAUAUGAUAAUACAUCUUUUGAAUAUAGUUAAUAAAUCCGUUUUGUGCAUAACUUCCAUAAAGAAGAAAUAGCCUAAAGGCAGUUUCAGCCUGAAGGCAGCUUCGGCAACUUGUAAUUCAAGCAGUAGCUAAAUAUUUUGUUCUACAUAAACAUAAAAACAAAUACAUAUAUACGUACAUAUUAAUAAAAACGAUUAUCAAUGCAUCUGGACAUAGUAAUAGAUAUAUUUCUAUAUAUAUAUAUAUAUAUAUAUAUAAAUAUAAACAUAUUGGCCCAAGCAUACAUAUAUCAAGUGUUAAAUAGUUGUUACAAUUUAAUGCAAACCAAUAAAAGCCCGUCUUUUAGGCCAAUUGAGAAGAACAACAACAGCAGCUAAUAGAAGAAGGAGAAGAGCAACAACACACAACCAACACACACACACGUUCACAAAAGUGCAUAAAAUUGAAAGUCAAUCAGAGAAUUGUUAUAAAUGUAAUAAAAGUUUAUACUCAUGUUUUUCAUAGGACAAACUAAAGCAAAAUAAGGAUAGCAACAACAACACAGAGACACACAACUUCAUGUAUGUUAAUACACAACAAAACACUCACACAUACACCUAUGCUAAUUAUAUUAAUUAAUAAUAAAAAUUAAAUUUCAUAAUAAUACCGAAUGCAAUCUGUUCAGCUCUUUAGUUAGGGGUUUAGUUACGUCAUUUCAGGAGCGCUGCUUUAGUGAUAUUAACAUUUACAAACACACAAAUACAUAACACACACAGAACACACAUACAUAUUUAUUUAGCUUGUACUUGUAAUUUGUAAGAUCUAACAAUUCCAAUAAAACAACAAUUGGAAUCAAACAAAAAUCCAAACCCUAACAAUAAUUGAAGUUUCCACAAAAUCGUGUUGAAGAAGCGCCGUUUAAUUCCAAUUACUUUUAUUAUUACGAUAAUUAUGGAUUAUGAUUAUGAUUAUUAUUAUUAUGAUUGAGUAGCAUAAUAAAACAUGCUUAAAUAUACGAAAUAUACAACAUAA